AUGUCACCCAAAGGAGGGGACAUGCCCCAGAACGCGGCCAUGGACCACGUGGCAACGUCGGCGCAGGGCCGCCGUGCCCGGGGGCUGCCGCACAGCCCAGGGUUUCGUGGUCCCCCAGAGAUCCUGGCACAGAAGCCGUACGGGAAGGAGGUGGACUGCUGGUCCAUCGGGGUCAUCUCCUACAUACUGCUGUGCGGAUACCCGCCCUUCUACGAUGAGAACGACGCGACGCUGUUCGAGCAGAUCCUGAAGGCCGAGUACGAGUUCGACUCCCCGUACUGGGACGACAUCUCCGACUCAGCGAAAGACUUCAUUCAGCACUUGAUGGAGAAGGAGCCGGUCAAGAGGUACACCUGCAGCCAGGCCCUGGAACACCCGUGGAUCGCCGGCGACACGGCCCUGGACAGGAACAUUCACGAGUCCGUGAGCGAGCAGAUCAAGAAGAACUUUGCCAAGAGCAAAUGGAAGCAAGCCUUCAACGCCACGGCGGUGGUGCGGCACAUGCGGAAGCUGCAACUGGGCUGCAGCCAGGACGGGCCGGCGCAGGCGGUGGUCCCCCCCGCGGUGCCCUUCAACGGUAGCACGCUGCACCCCGCCUGCUCCAGCAAAGGCAGCUCCAGCUCGGCGUCUCUUUCCACGUCCGAGGACGCCAUGUCGAGCUCCCCCACGCCGUCGCCGACCUUCACGGGGCCUUCUCUCAAGCCGCCGCCCGGCGCGCGCCCCACGGCCGUGCAGGAAUGAGGGGCCUUUGCGUGGCCCCUCGUGCGAGGGCCCCUGGCUUGCGGGGCCUCACGUUGCAUGCUGCUGCUGCUGCUGCUGUUUUUUGUGUGUGGGGGGCCUUCACGCGGGACCUCGCUUUGGGCCUUCGCGCCAUAUCUUGACGGUGUCAACGUUAAUGUGGGCCUUCCUCAUGCCCCGGUUGCGGUGUUUUCCCCUUCGGCUGAUGCCGGCGGUCUCGUGGUCUGGGCCUUCACGUGAUGUCUUUCCUUGAGCUUCGUAGGAAGCUUCCCGCAGGACCUUCCUCUAGAACUACCGUGUGUAAACCUCGUCAUCUAGGAUCUUCACGUGGACCUCCGUGCAGGACCUGCGUGGUGGGCGAUCGUAGUGGGCACGCCUUUGAUCUCGCGGGGAGGCCCGGGUGGCACAGGCAGCCAGCAAGCGCCAGCGCUGCCGUUGGAGCGCAGGCGCAGUGGAGGCAUCGGAGAGUUCCUGGGCCCCAGAGUCCCGCGCGAGUUUAGCUUCAGGAUCUCCGGUGCAGCCGGUACGAAGGUCCCGGCACGGUCACCGACGAAGGCACUUGAACAAAACAAAGCCAUUGUUGCGGUUCUGGGUUCGCGCUUGAGUUUGGCCCGGCUGAUCUCCGGGGGAUCAUUUGUAAAUAUGGGACGUGACGAUAACAGGCGCAGGGCAAACCACAAAAUGGGUCACCACAGUUGGCAGAAGGGCGAGGUAGACUCUCCGAGGGAUGACGGGCAGAUUAUUGUGAUAUCUCUCAGAGUUUCAAUACAAAAUUAAACACUCUCACCGUAACCUCCUUUUCCACUGGCACUUUGGAGCCGUGCCAAGCACAGGGAGGGUCCUCGCGGUACGAUUGGUUGUGCACUGGGGGCUAUACGCGCUCGGCCGGAGCCAAACCCUGAAACUCUGACCUCGCAAGACAUCCGAAUCAGCUCGGAGCCAAGCAGGGCCAGGUUUGGGGUCGUUCUCGGCGCACCGGCUUCGCGGCAGCGCGCGUGUCCCGGGCGCGACGGCCCCGACAGCACGGGGGGACCUCGGAUUGUGCGGCCGCCCUUCACGAUAGCGCGGCGCCGCUGUGAAAGCCGGUGGCCAAGUCGAGAGCCAAUUUUUAUUUUUCAAACCCCCCCCCCCACCCACCACCCAUACCACCCACCCGCCAAAAACUUAGACUACAACAUUUCAUCGUGCGGCAGUGAUCGAGAGGCUGAUAGAGAACGUGAUGGUCAGCAGCGGACGGGUGUCCGAUGUAGAUUGGUCCCCCGCCACGGGAAUGUGGAGUUUCCACCAUCGGCUCAGGGUGGAGAUUAGCGUCACCGCGAUGCUCGCUUGACUGUGACAUCAUCGCAUUGCGGACCAUGCGUGUGUGUGUGUGGGUGUGCAUGUGUGAGUGUGUGGAUGUGUGUGUGUGCGUGUGUG